AUGGCGCGGGUCCGCCGAUUUGCCGGCCGGCUGGUGGCCGUGACGUUGCUGCUGGCAGCCGAGGUUUGGAAGACACCUCUGUCGUGCUUCGCCGUGCCCGCCCAGGCGCUGUCGAACUUGCUGCGGGAGGUGCAGGCAGCUGUCCGACCGGGAGCUUACUCCCCACGAGCCGAGGAGGACGGCCGCCGCGUGGCGGCCGCGGCGCUGGCUGCGGAGGCGUCGGCAGCGCGCCGAUGCUGGAGGAAUGGCGACCUGGAGCUGCUCAAUGGCACAUGGGAGCUGCUGUUCACCAGCAACGGUGACGUCGACCGGGGCGAUGCCCGGCGCAUCUUGGGUGACGCAGCCGCAGGCUUUGGCGACUUCCAGCCCCUGAAGCUCGACAGCGUGCGGCAGGAGAUAGAUGUCCAGGCUGGAAGGCUGCGGAACCGUCUUUCCCUCAAGCCCUGGCCGGGCUACCACCGCCCUUGGGGCCGCUACUCUCUGAGCUGCAGGAUGCAGAAGUCGUCCUCAGCUUGGACCAUCGCUUUGAGGCCUACGGCGAUGCCCGCCUCCGGAUCGUGCUGGAGCGGCUGGAUCGCUCCCUCCGGCGGCGCAGCGGGGAGGAGCUGCAGGGCCUAG